AUGAGAGCGAGGAGAGAGAGGGAGAGGGAAAGAGGGGGGAAGAAAGGAUAUUUGAGUUCGGGUGAGAGAUUGAGGGUUGGAGAGAAAGGAGCAAAUCCAAUGAAAGUACCUAACGAUGGUAUUCGGAGACGUGAACUAAGAAACCACACCGGCUCAUCCGAAAGCAAAUUAAACAUCGGAGAGGGACGAGCGGGAGGAAGGAUAUCUAAGGAUCAAAAAUCACGGGAAAAUACAAAAGUUGGUGGAUAUGUCCGUCGUCAUGGAGGAAGCGAAACCAGAAACAAGCAAGAGAGAAGAUAUCCGGAACGGGCUCGUGCAGGAGAUAUAAACGUGGUUACAAAAAGAGGAAGGCCAAGUGCAUUAGAGGGACGACGACCAGGAAGCUCUGAUACUGAACAACAUGGGGGGAGGAUAUCGAGAAGAAGGGGGAGAUAG